ACCUUGCGCUGCAUGCACAGCAAAAAAAAUUGAAAAUAAACUCGUACACAAGAGCGCCCAGAUAAAAGACCGAGUGCUUCAAUCAAAAUCGUCUCGGUAGUAGGGGUAGCUCGCGUACGAUGAAAGACACUCCUCGAAAGUCCUCUGAGCAGGAGAGAGCACCAGGCUAUGGAAUUCAGAUCGGCUAUCGCACUCUCUCCAUUCGUGUGGAAGAGAAGGAACUCCCUUCAAAGGCCAAACAGUCCACAGAUCCGGCCGAUGCCAUAGCUAGCAUCGACGUUCACCUCAUCAGUGCAGAUGAGGUGUACACCCGUUACUCUUGCCAUCCUACAGUUGGUCUCGAGCAGGCAGCAGUUCAACGAAGGUCCAAGGAUGGCAGGAAUGUCAUCAGCCCGCCCCCAACCCAACACUGGAAGAAGAUCCUCAACUACGUCUUUGGAGGUUUCAAUUUCCUCAUGUGGAUCGCCUUCAUCGUCACAAUACUCUCGUACAAGCCUUUAGGAGGGAGUGACCCUCAAGUUAUCGACCUUGGUGUCGCAGUUCUCCUGAUGCUUGUCAUCAUCAUCUCAGCCACGUUCUACGCCUUUGUGGACUGGAAUGCCAGCAGAAUCAUGAAAUCCAUAAAGUCUCUCAUUGCGCACGAAGCUGCUGUAAUCCGUGACGGCAAGCAACAGCUCAUUCUUGCAACCGACAUUGUCGCCGGAGAUAUCGUGGUUCUCAGUACCGGAGAUCGAGUUCCUGCAGACUUAAGGAUCGUGGCAGCUUCAUCUGACUUGCGCUUUGACCGUUCGCUACUCACUGGAGAAAGUGAUAUGGUCCCGGGGUCUCUCGAUGCUACAUCUGACAACGCUCUGGAGACACGCAAUCUUGCACUGACCUCGACCUUCGUGACACAGGGUACCUGUAAUGGUAUCGUGUUCGCCACUGGUGACAGGACCGUCAUGGGACGCCUUGUUAAAAUGUCUGGCGAGACAAAAUUCAAGCUUACAACUAUCCAGAAAGAGAUCUGGUUUUUUACCAAAGUUAUUUCCUCAGUCGCUUUCUCGAUGUUCGGUAUAGCCUUACUGCUCUACGGCGUGUGGUUGAGGACGAGCUAUCCUGGGUAUGACGCAGGCAUUAGCGUAGCAAUUAUGAACUCGAUUGGUUGCCUUACAGCAUUCGUGCCUCAGGGACUACCCGUCUGCGUUGCCCUUUCGUUGACAAUCAUUGCCCGUCGCAUGUCGAAGCGGCACGUUCUCGUCAAGAAUCUCGCAACGAUUGAAACGCUCGGAUGUAUGUCCGUCUUGUGUUCAGACAAAACCGGUACUUUGACUGCCGGCAAGAUGGCGGUCGAAUCAAUCGCCUUUUUGGAUCGCCAUCUGUUGGUCAGUGAAAUCUACGAGAAGGUUUCAGAAGCACCAGAACCUCGAGUCUUCGCUGGCCUGAGCGCUUUGCACCAUAGUGCACGGCUGUGUAACGGUGCAAAGUUCGACUCUGCGACUGCUGACCGGCCUGUUCAGGAGCGAAACGUCAAAGGAGAUCCCACUGAUACGGCCUUACUUCGCUUUUCCGAGGCUCUGUCCAUCCCAUCCUUGAACAUUGAUGCGUCAGCGCUGCUGUCAUCCUGGAGAAAGCUCUUCGAAAUUCCUUUCAAUUCAAAAAAUAAAUGGAUGCUUAGUGUCGUUCAGGAGACUGGAAUGACCGAAGGAGAUAUGGCUGAGAAGAAUUCAACAACAUGGAUACUCGUGAAAGGCGCUCCAGACAUGCUAGUAAAAUCCUGCACCACGGUGAUGAGAUCCGAUGGCACCGUUGUCCCAUUCGAUGAAUCGUCAAGGAAGCACAUGAGCGAUCUCCAAAGCAAUUGGUCGAGUGAAGGGCAGAGAGUGCUUGCCCUGUGCCGCAAGCCAUUGGACACCUUCAAACCGAACCUUUCUCCGAAUGACAUAGAGGAAUGGAUGUACUCGGAAAUAAGCAAUCUUACUUUGGUCGGACUGGUCGGUAUCCGCGAUCCGCCCCGUCCGGACGUGCCCUCCAGUGUGGCCGUUAUCCGUCGCGCUGGUGUCAGGGUUUUCAUGGUGACUGGAGACUUCAAGCUCACCGCUGUCGCAAUCGCCCGCCAGGUCGGCAUCAUUACACAGCACAUCGUAGAUACAAUCGAUGAUGUCAGGGCCGCAGCGUCCGAGAAGCACCUCGUCGAGGUAUCACCACAUACUAUUAAACCUUCGGAAGAUGACCCUAUCCGUGCAUUAGUACUCACAGGAGAGGAUGUCAGCACUCUUACCCCCUUUGACUGGAACAUAAUCGUCGGACAAUACACUGAAAUUGCGUUUGCCCGCACUACACCUGAACAAAAGAUGAAGAUCGUUGAGGAAAUCAAGGCUCGCGGCGACAACACUGUGGCUGUGACUGGUGACGGUGUCAACGAUGCACCCGCUCUCAAAGCUGCUGACAUUGGUGUCGCGAUGGGAAGCGGUAGCGAUGUCGCGAAGGAAGCUGCUGCACUGAUAUUGUUGAACAAUGACUUUGCGUCUAUCCCGGUGGCUAUCGAGAUGGGGCGCCUGGUGUUCGAUAACCUUAAGAAAGUGACGCUUUACCUCAUGCCUGUUGGAAGUUACACGGAAUUCAUGGCCGUAGUCACGAAUGUCGUAUUUGGAAUGCAAAUUCCUUUGAGCUCAUAUCUCCAAGUCUGUUUCUCCAUCACAAAUGACGUGGUCAUGUCGAUCUCCUUGAUGUACGAGAAAGCUGAAGCAGAUCUCAUGUUGCGGAAGCCUCGCAAUGCUAGAACCGACCGCCUUACAGACUGGAAAUUGUUCUUCCAGAUCUACCUGUUCCUCGGACUCAUGUCCUGGCCGUGCGCGAUGAGCAUGUGGUUCGUAUACAUGGAUCAACAGGGCCUCGGAUUCCACGAUGUUUUCUUAGCCUAUAACAACUGGGCUGAGGGCUAUCACGGCUUCACACUGGAGCAACUCAAUCAAUUUGUUUAUGUCGGGCAGUGCAUUUACUACGUGACGAUGGUCUUCAUGCAAUAUGGAAAUCUCCUCGCUAUCCGAAACCGCAGGGUUUCGUUGUUCCAAUCCAACCCUCUAUGGGGACCUCGCAAGAAUUAUGCAGUUCCGAUUGGCAUGAUCGCAACCUGCUUGAUCGCGAUAAUCAAUCUGUACGGACCAGGCUUACAGCAAGUCUUUUAUACGACCCCUAUACCUGCGAUGUUCUGGGGCCCUCCGUUCGCCUUUGCCUUGGGCAUUCUCUGCGUGGACGAAGUCCGCAAGCUGAUCGUGAGGACUCAUCCAAAGUCGAUCGUUGCUAAAAUAGCUUGGUAAAUUUGGUGUCGCAUUGGACUGUAAUUAUGUUAAAGCUGGCUGCUAUUUAUUUCCACUAUUAGUUUUUGCGGUCAGUAUUCUGUAUGUGGCGCGGUAAUGCGUUCCUGCCAGUGACUUAGAUGCGAGAUUUUUGACUGACUGACUGACUGUCCGGUCACUAAGAAGUCCGAUCCUUGAAAUGCUGCUGGAGUGGGCUAUU